GUGGUGUUGGUGGUUAAAAGGCGCGCCAGUUAUCUAUCAUAUUACAACGUAGCGCAGCUCUCUGGCUCCAGGCAGCAGACAAAACAUAUCGAAUUCAAAAGUUUAAAUUUGUAUAUUUUUAUUUACCUGCGGUUUGACUUUGGCGCACUGCACAAAAAGCUCGACCUCCAGCUUAAAGUUACUGUUGUCUGCUUGUCUGUUGCAUUCGCUCCAGAACAUCCCAGUUUGUCGCUCCAAAAAAGCUCGAAAAGCUUUUGCGCUGCACACGUAUAAAAGUCAGCCAUGUUGUCACAACUCCACAUUUGUGCUGAGAAAUUCAAAGUUAAAUUAGUAAAGACACGGAAUUACAAAUACUUCCUCGCUCUACAUACAAAUCAACCCUCACACGUACGCCAGAAAAUUGCCUAAAAAAUGCCAGACGUGCCAUUUGUAUUGAACUUGGAUUCUCCAGACUCCAUGUACUACGGCCAUGACAUGUUUCCCAAUCGCUUGUAUCGCAGACAACACUCGCGUCAUCAUGACGCAUUGGAUUUGCAUACGCUGGGUUUGAUAGCUCGCAUGGGAGCCCAUGCUCAUCAGCUGGUGGCCAGAAAGCAUCGUGGAGAGCUCGCAGCAGGUGUUGCUGCCGGUAAGAACAAACUGGGCAAUUUUGAGAUCAAUCUGGAUGUGGGUCUGUUUGAGCCUGGUGAAAUUAGCGUUAAGCUGGUGAACAAUUGCGUCAUUAUUGAGGGCAAGCACGAGGAACGUGAGGAUGAUCAUGGACAUGUCUCACGUCAUUUCAUACGUCGCUAUCCGCUUCCUAAGGAGUAUGAUAUAAAUGCCAUCGCCUCGACACUUAACGAUGAGGGGGUGCUGGCUGUUACUGUGCCCCCAUUGGUAGCACCAGAGGAUGGCAAGGAGCGUAUUAUACCUAUCAAGCACGUGGGUCCUUCAGACUUGUUUGUGCAGCCAAAAGAUAAUAAAAAUGGACACAAGGAUGGCGAGCAGGCAGACAAGUAAAGCAUCUUCCAAUUGUCAGCCGCAGCAGCAAGUGAUUUUCCCCAAGACUAUCUCUCAUCAUUCAAGUGCACCAUAAUAUUGAAGUAAAAAGUACUGCACGCAUUUUUAAAUAAUUCAUUAUUAGCAAAUAUGCAUUUAUUUAAUAAUUACUUACA